CCUGGAGCAAACCGAUCAGCGCUGGUUUGAGCUGGCCCGUCACCAUGGAGACGGCGAGCGCCCUAUAAAGAGCGGCGAGGGAGGCCCUCCUGCUUUCAGUCCGCCUCUGGCUUCCUGGGUGUGCAGGUCUUUGCACGCGGCUCCCGUGCCUUCCAUCGCAUUCUUCCUCCGCUGUUAAUUUUUUCUUCUCCUGGGUGCUUUGCGCCUCGAUGGGUACAGAUUUCGUAAAUGCUUUUUAAGGUAAGACGUGGCUUCUGCUUGUCCUGUGGCCGUGUUAGAGAGCGGUGCCACCGGUCUGACUGGGAGCCGGGCGGUGAAUGAAUGGAUGGCUGCGCCAUGGAGUGUGUCAGCGAUAUUUCAGUCUGUUCCCGAGGAUUGGCCGGCUGUGGAUUGACUGAUGCGAGCUGGGAAAUGAUCUCCAACUCCCAUCAUGCUCUGGCUACAGGAGCGGUUACAGCUGGCAGUGUUGGGAGUUGGGCUCCUGUUAAAACCUGGGGCUAAAAACAAAGGGUAUUUCUGGGAUAGGGGAAGAGAUAUUACUCCCCUUUCCCCAACAAUAUUGUAAAGCGCUACGGAAUCUGUUGGUGCUAUAUAAAUGGUGAUAAUUCAGGUUAUUCACUAAAGGGAGAAUUGCUGCGAAUUCAAAGUUAAUUUCAGGUCCAAACGAGGGCAAGAAAAUUAGAAAAACCCCAUGUCCUCCUAUGGUUUCGGUUGGACUGCCCUGUGUUAAUCUCGAAACUCACAUUAAAUUCCCACUUUAGUGAAUAACAUUGUGUGGCUUAAUCUGCGGUAUUUCGUGGUGAUGGUUUGCGUAACGUUACAUAGCUGGUUAGUGUUACACACGUGUGGUUGGUAUGUCCAUAUGUUCCGUUAUGGGCUAAGCGUGGCACAAUCUGCGUGGACCUGACUGCAGGCUUAUCACCAUCCCCCAUGAUCUACGGUAUGACGUCCUCCCCUGACAAUUAAGGUCAUUGAGUCAGGGUUGGAUGGUAACCAGUCCUAGAGGAAAGACGUCCUUUUGACACUAUUGGAGCAAAGGGCAUCUAGCAAGCUAGUUUGUGAACCGUGUUGGCUGUGGCUGGUACGUCACAGCUGAAUUUUGCCGGCUGCUAAGUCAUGCCUGUAUGUGACACGCGGCCGGAAAGGAAAAGGCGUGGCUUAUCAGCCAUUCAUUAAAAGGGUUGGGUGGCUGAUAUAAGGUGUCCUUUUACAAGUGUCUUGGAGGCUCUUGCUCGAAAGGUCUGAGUCAGACUGCUAUUUAUCAUAUGGUGACGUUUACAGAAACUUUCCUUCUCUUCCAGAACGCCGACAGCACAGCAGUUAAGAACGGCUCUUUUGAGAGCGUCGGUCUAGUCUUAUACUUGCCGGGCUUCUAUUUCACUGGAGAGCCUCCUUGGGAGCAAAGCUGAGGCUUUCUUUACUAUAAACCCCAUCUCUUACUUGUCCAUGUGAGUAUAUCUAUUUCGGAAACAGCUGCUGGUUUUGUCUCUUGCAUUGAAUCAGUGUUUUGCAUCAUGUACUCAUGGUUUUUCCUUUCUCCCUUGCAGUUUGUUGCAUACUUUAUUUUGAACCGUUUUUUUAUAUUGCGACAAUGAACACCUUUGCUUGCGAAGACUUUGACUUCAGCUUUCUGGAAGAAGGCUUUACUGCCCGGGAUAUUGUGGAGCAGAAAAUUAAUGAAGUGUCUUUGUCUGUAAGUGAAGUCUAUCUUGGGAAUCUAUAGUGUUAUUGAUUGUGCUCAAAGUGUUUGGUAUUCACUGCGUCUUUCUUUCAGGAUGACAAAGAUGCGUUCUAUGUUGCUGACCUUGGUGAUGUUGUCAAGAAGCAUAUACGCUGGUUUAAAGCUCUCCCACGCGCAACUCCAUUCUAUGCUGUUAAGUGCAAUGACAGCAGAGCAGUUGUGAAGACUCUUGCCAUCAUGGGGGCAGGGUUUGACUGUGCUAGUAAGGUUGGUAUAAAUCUCUUAAACUUUCUGAAACUCCAUGACUAAAUUUGGCUAUCUAUUAAAAUAUUUAAUAGAUAUUAGAGGGGCACAGGGUGGACCAGAAAUGGUGCAGAAUAUAUUCACAAUGUUUUCAAGUUUGGAAAUAUUAAGGAUAACUCCAACUCCUAAAGUGCUCUAGCAGUUAACUGCAUGUCUCCCUGGCAGUCAAGAUGACAGCUAGCUGGGCUUCUGGUCACAUCACUUGAGCAUUCACACAAAUGAGGUCUUGAAAAAUGUUUUUUCCAAUUUAAUGUGACACUAUAUAUAUCAAAUAGUUCUACAGAUGGUAAUCUAUAAAAUGUCUGUGGCUACUGCACACAUACUAUCUUGUAAUCAUGCAUGCAUUAAUGUGGUAUGAUUUCUUUUUUACCUUAGACUGAAAUUCAACUUGUACAGAGUAUUGGUGUGACCCCCGAUAGAAUAAUCUAUGCAAACCCUUGCAAGCAAGUCUCUCAAAUAAAAUAUGCAGCUAGUUGCGGUGUUGAGAAGAUGACUUUUGACAGUGAAGUUGAACUGAUGAAGGUGGCACGGAAUCAUCCGAAUGCUAAGUACGUUCUGUGAUCUGCUAUAUAGGAUUUCCACAUAUGGGGACUUUGAAAGUCGUGAUAUAUUUUACCUUUAUAUAUUUUAAGGGACACUGGUCAUCCGCUUAAUAUAGUGAUUCUGGUGUCUAUAGCCUGUCCCUGCAUGCUUUUUAAAUGAGAAUGCAGUGCCUAGCAUUGAUGCCUAGUAAAGUCUUGUGGCCAUCCCUCAUACAGCCACAAGAGGUGCUGAACACUCUCCAUAGAGAUGAAUUGACUCAAUGCAACUCUAAGAUGCUGAUCUGGUACAGCAUUUUGCUGUGAAUUUGCAAAAGACUACCAGUGCUUUCCUAUGGGAAAGCAUUGGUUUGGCUGAGAUACUUUUUGUAUUCCUGACUCUCUAGUAUUUUAAAAUAGAGCAGACAGACCUGAUCUUGUUGACUUUAAACAAUGUUGGUUUUGGUCUGCUGGUUGUGUUAAUUCUGCCAAUGGCCUAUCCUCUCUGUACUGCAAGGAGGAGGUAAAAAUUUGAAUUAAAACUUGUCAGUGACAUCAGUACCAUGGAUAAGUUUUAAACCAACCUAGUCAGAAUUGCAAAUGCAGAAGGGUAGUGACAGGUGUUGAGAUGGAUGAAUUGCAGGGAGCAGUUUGCCACUUACCUAUUUCUAAGGUUGGAGUGCCCCUUCAAGCAAUAACUUGUUUUUAAUAGAAACUGUUUAGAUUACAUAACUUUUCAUGAGUUAUUACAUAACUUGAUAUAAAUGUCUUAUUAUAGGACUGUUGGACUGUGUGAAAGUGCCAAUACCACUGUUUUCACAAAAUCAGCAGUUUGUAGAACUGCAGAUAUAAAACUAUUUAGUCCAACAUCUGCAGCUUUUGAAUGACUCUUAAAGUGACCCUAAACUUCUCACUUUCUCCAUAGACUGGUUUUACGUAUUGCAACAGAUGACUCCAAAGCAGUUUGUCGUCUUAGUGUCAAAUUUGGUGCCACACUUAAAACAAGCAGAAUACUUCUGGAACGUGCAAAGGAGCUGAAUGUAGACAUCAUUGGUGUAAGGUAUGUUUGAAAGCCUGGUCUGUGUAAAUGCAUUUUUCAACCUAGGAAAACCUGGUUGCAAUAUAAACUAACAUGUUCUAUUUUUCAAAAUUCUAGCUUCCAUGUUGGAAGUGGAUGCACAGACCCUCAAACAUUUGUGCAAGCUGUCUCUGAUGCUCGUUGUGUCUUUGAUAUGGGGGUAAGUAAAAGUUCAAUUGUGUGGUUCCUCAUCCCCUUAUCAAUGGUUCUAGAGCAUGCCACCAUUUACUAGCUUUUGUGUGGCUUGCCUAGAUUGGCUCCUUAAGUCAAAGGCCUGUCUUAAAUACAACAAAUACACAAGAGAAGGACACUGUAGCAUUAAACUGGUUAGUGUCUGGAAUUGCCUGGCACGGUUGCUGCAUUGUUAAAUCUGUGAGCAGUUUAACACUGAAUAGAGAUUACAUGUCUCUUGUAGCCUUCCUUGCUGUGGCACUGUGGCUUGAAUAAGCCAGCUGAUGCUCUCAACCAAUCACAGCUGCCCAGACUAAUGAAUCUUAAUUAGCCCAAGAGGCACAGUAGAUGGACUGCUGUGGACUGUCACAUAGAAUUAAAACAUUAAACUGUUUCAAUGGAAGAACUUUGCAAGGGGGCUCUAAACAGUAUGACCACUUCAAUUAGAUGAUGUGCUUACAGUGCCUGUUUAAGAGGCAGCCCCACAAAUAAAGAAUUAAAAGUAAUCUUGGUAUGAUUUGUUCUGGGUUUGGCCACUCCUAGCUAACAUAACUGGUCUUAUUCAUCUGGGAUAAGUUGGGUUGGCAGUGUUUCAAACAUCCACAUGUUCAAAUUAAAAUUGAUAAAACAAGAGGACUGAUGUGUAGUUGUCUUAUUGUCUAGUAUUCUAACUUGCAUCUAAAAAAAUUACUUUUAUAGGCUGAACUUGGAUUUAACAUGCAUUUACUUGACAUUGGUGGUGGAUUUCCUGGAUCGGAGGAUGUAAAGCUUAAAUUUGAAGAGGUAUUUACUAAAUAUACAGUACACUACUGUGUAAAGAAUGUGUUACUCGUGCCAUCAAUCGGUUCUCAUUGUAUUUGGGAAAGAUUACAUUACAAUGUAGUAUGUCCAUAGGGCUUUAAUAUAUAAAUGUAGAAACCUGAACUUCAACUUUCUUUUCUAUAAAGGUAACCUCUGUGAUUAAUCCUGCUCUGGAUAAAUACUUCCCAGUGGACUCUGGAGUGAAGAUAAUUGCAGAACCUGGCCGAUACUAUGUUGCAUCAGCAUUCACCUUGGCUGUUAACAUAAUCGCAAAGAAAGUGAUGCUAAGUGAACAGACUGGUUCUGAUGGUAUGUCCUGCAUGUUAAAACUCAGUUACAGCAUAACUGCUUGCAUGAUGUAACACGUCUAUUUUUAAAAAGCUUUGGCAUAUGGAGAGAAUCCCUUAAAAGUGGAGAUUUUGUGUUUGUUUUUUACAGAUGAGGAAGAUGGUGCCAAUGACAAGACUCUUAUGUACUAUGUAAAUGAUGGUGUAUAUGGGUCCUUUAACUGCAUCUUGUAUGAUCACGCACAUGUCAAGCCAGUUUUGCAAAAGGUAUGGAAUCUUAUUCUUUUGGACACUAAACAUUGAUUUUUAUUUUAUUUUUUGUGCUUUCUUCACACCCUGGUAUUAUCUUUUUGACUGAGCAAGCUUUCAACUUGGCAACAUCUGUAGCCAGGUGCUCUAAUAUGCCCUGAUAUAUAUGCAUGUAUACACAUACACCUCUCAAUUGCCUUCAAAAUGUGACUUCUUGAUGCAUCGUUUUGGGAUUUGACCUUGCACAACUGCACUCUCCCAUUAACAUACCACUUAAUUUUUUUUUUCUUUUGGCAGAAACCAAAGCCAGAUGAGCAGUUUUACUCCAGCAGUAUCUGGGGACCAACAUGUGAUGGACUCGAUCGUAUAGUUGAGCGUUUUGACUUGCCUGAACUUCAGGUUGGUGACUGGAUGCUGUUUGAGAACAUGGGCGCCUAUACUGUUGCUGCAUCUUCAACAUUUAAUGGAUUCCAGCGUCCUACACUGUACUAUGUAAUGUCAAGACCUUACUGGUAUGUUUUCUUUUUAUGGUUUAUAUAUGUACUGUUGUAAGCUGUGUCUUAUAAACAGCUAAACUUAAGGUAAACUUUAUUUAUUUUUUUUUUUUUUUUUAUUUCUCCUUAGGCAACUGAUGCUGAGUAUUAAGGAACAUGGUAUCGUUCCUGAAGUUCACGACUUGAACACUCUUCCUGUGUCUUGUGCUUGGGAAAGUGGACUUGAGCUGAAUCCUACAACCUGCAAUUCUACAAGUGUUGGUGUAGUUUCCCUGACUCUGUAACUGUAGAAGUCUUCUUCAAUAGUAGCAUAAGGUUUUGGGACCAUUUAAUUUUAUUUUAUUCUAUUUAGAAAUAACUCCAAUGUAUGCAACAAACUGGAUGACUGUGAGAUGGGGGUCACAUUUAACUGUGUUCCUAUGGAAACAACUCUUUUGUUACACAUUUUUAAUUUUAUCGUUUACUUGAGAUACUAGUGCCCUCAAGCAUUUGUAGCUUGAAUGCACUGACAAAAUCAAACCUGCUUUUUUUUUUACAAAUAAAUAACAUUGAAAGCCAACGUGUCUGCAUUUAUUAAAC